UAUAUUGUCAAUUUGCAGAUCCAGUAAAGAAAUAAACAAAUGUGAGGACAGGCGACAGCCCAGGUCAAAGAAAAGUGCAGCCUUCCAAUACAAGAAAUCCUUGGAUUGUCUCGUUGAAAUCUUGGCCGAUGCAUCACCUCUAUUUGUCCGCUGUAUAAAAUCAAAUGACAAACAACAGGCGGGAUAUUUCGAUGAAAAUCUUGUAUUGAAGCAGCUGGAAAGUGCUGGAAUAUACGACGUAAUCAGAAUAAGAAGAGAGGGAUUUCCGACUAGAAUGUCAUAUGUGAAAUUUCUGGAAAGAUUUAAAAUCUUUCGUAACUUCAUGGCAGAAGGUGAAAACCAGUACGAAAUAAUAGACAAUAUAGUACAGGCUUGUAAUGUCGACAAAGCCUCUUACAAAAUAGGCAAAACAAAGGUUUUUAUGAAAGAAAACGUCUUAGAAACAAUUCAGAAGAAAACGACAGAAUUGGAAAAGCAAAGAGAAAAACAAAGAAUAAACCUUGAAAGAGAGGAAAAACAAGCAAGAUUAAGGGAAAACGGGCAAUCAUCAAGACAGCAAGAUUCUCUUGGAACACGCAAUCCACAAAACAGCACGAAAAUUCAGAAAAUAACCGAUGAUAUUGAAAUUACUACAGUUCAAAAUAAAACACCAGAAACACAGUGUGUGAAUAGUUCUCCCCAAACGUCUUUUUAUGUAGAAAAUCAAAUGAGAAAGAAUGAAAAAAAGAAAAGGAUAUGGGAUGUGUUUAGAAAUACAGAAAGAGAUUUUGGAGACUGUGAAAAAGUGGAAAAGUACUUUUUGAAGUUGUGUCGUUUUUUUAUAUGUGUUGGAUUGUUAUUUGGUAUCGCAAUGAAAGGUGCUGCAACCAUUCUCAUCCCGCUGCUUCUAUCGUCGCAGCUGAACACAGAAAAGGGAGAUGCUCAGCAGUCUAAUGCUUUAACAGAACUGAUUCUUUGUUACUCAACACCAAUUGCCUUAACCUUUAUACAGUCUUUGUGUAAAGUGUGUUUUGGAAAAGUAAAAAAUGUUGAAUGGAAGUUCUUUUUACCUGUUUUAAUAUUAGAAGGUGCUGAGGUGUGUGGGACAUCCUACCUUUUGUUCAACGUUUUUUGUAACCAUUCCAUGACAUCAGGAAUAACUUUCAUUAUGACGUCAUUUACAAUUCCGUCAAUACUGAACAUUUUAAAACAAAUUGCUUUAGCCAGGGAAAUAAAACCUAGAGAAAAAAACUUAUCAAAGAAACAUAGUAACAAAUUCGUAAUACGGCUGUCGCGAGUGAUCAUAGCUUUAAUAGCAAUGGUUAUUCAAUGUGGAGUUCUAGUCUGUAUGAUUGUACAACCACAUAUCAUAUUCAGUGACACAGUGUCUAAUCAGAUAGAGUAUACUACGCAAGAAAAAAUCCUUAUUGUAGCAAGUCUAGUUGGAGUUUCAAUGGGAUUUUGUCAAAAUUUUCUGUAUAGUAACUUGAAAUUUGGUUCCUUCGACUUAAAAGAAUGGCGAACAGAAGUGGACAAAGCAAGACCAAAAAUAAAUUUGAAAUUAUGUAUUGUGAAAGUGGGUAUAUACUUAUUAAUGGCAAAAUGUUUGCUGCCAGAGAUAAGUUGGACAUUUACAGAAGAGCAUGCUAACUUAAAUGACAAUUUUAUUGACAAGAUUUUCAAAAUCUUUAGAGAACAUAAGCUUAUGUUCAUUUAUAUUUACUGUUCAAUAUUCGCUUCCUAUGAAGGUGUUCUAGCAUGCAAACUUCAUAUGCAAAGGAUAUAAUUUUUCAUUCCAUUAACGUUGGUUCCGCUAGUAUGUUUUGGUGGAGUUAUAGGAUACUGUUAUAAAUGGUCAGAAGACACUAACUUGUUUGGAGUAGCAGUUUCCUGUCCAAGUGUUGACAUUAAUAGUGUCUCCAUGUGGGCUGGACCUAAUGCUGCAUUAUGGGUAUCUAUUAUAUUUUUGACAUGGUAUGGACUGUUUCCCGAUUGCAACAGCUUGGAACAAGACCAAAGGUUGUUUAUUUUACCAACUAGAGAUAGUUUCUUCUCGUCACUUGGAUUACUGAUGAAAAGGAAAGAUGACGCGGUGGAAAUUCAACUUGACAAACAUGACACAUCCGAAAAGAAAAAUGACAAAGGAAAGGAAGAAGAAAAUGAAUCAGGAAAAAAAGAAGAAAAUCAAUCAGGAAAGGAAGAAGAAAAUCAAUCAGGAAAAAAAGAACCGUAUAUUUAUAUAUGUGGAACUAUGUGGCAUGAAAAGAGACAGGAAAUGUUACAACUCCUCAAAUCAUUAUUCAGGUUGGAUUUGUCCUGGAGUAAAAAUAAGCGACUGGGAAAAGAAAUUCAUAUAAUUUUUGAUGACGCUUUUGAGACUGACAAGGAAUCCCAGCAAAGAAUACCAAAUGAAUAUGUAAAACAGCUGGUCGAAUGCAUGGAAGAGGCAUCAAAUUUUAGAUCAGUGGUUAGCAACAAUCUACCAUGGGAUAGUAAGCCAACAAAAAAAACUACACCAUAUGGGGGACGACUGGAAUGGAACAUGCCAAUGCAAACAGAUAUGACGAUUCAUUUGAAAGAUAAAAACAAAAUCAGACACAAAAAAAGAUGGUCACAGGUCAUGUACAUGUACUACUUAUUGGGAUAUAAGAUGAUGGGAGCCAAUGGAAAAUAUCCUGAACUCGAGAUUGAUGAGACAAUUGAAAAAAAUCAUAAAAAUGGAAAACGUUCGAUACUAAACCUAUUGCCAAAAGAUAAAAAGAAAAAAGCAUAUGACAGCUUUAUAUUGGCUUUGGACGGAGAUGUAGAUUUCAAACAUAAAGCAGUAGAGAAACUGAUAGACAAAAUGAAAAUAAACGACAAAGUUGGUGCUGUAUGUGGACGAAUACAUCCUAUAGGAUCAGGGCCUGUUGUAUGGUAUCAACAAUUUGAAUAUGCUAUCGGACAUUGGCUACAAAAGGCUACAGAACAUGUGUUUGGAUGUGUGCUUUGUUGUCCAGGAGCUUUUAGUUUAUUUCGUGCUGCUGCUGUAUUGGACGAUAAUGUGUUGAGAAUGUAUACAAGUCCUCCUUUGGAGGCACGCCAUUACAUUCAGUAUGAACAAGGUGAAGAUCGAUGGUUAUGUACAUUGAUGCUACAACAGGGUUGGAAGAUAGAUUACGCUGCUAGCGCCGACGCUUUCACAUUUGCGCCAGCAAAAUUUGAAGAUUUUUUUGUACAAAGGCGCCGAUGGGCACCGUCAACACUUGCAAAUAUCAUUGACUUGCUUUCAUCUUGGAGAGUAACAACAAAAGUAAAUCCUAAUAUCAGCACCUUGUUCGUUUUCUACCAAUUCAUUCUUUUUGCUUCAAGUUUACUAGGUUUAGGAAUGGUCACGUUAAUGAUAACCGGAUCUUUUAAUGCAGUUCUGAAAAUAACAUUGUUCCAGUCAUAUGUCGUCGCUGUAAUACCAGUGGCUUUAUAUGCCAUCAUAUGCAUGAAAUGUAGUAACGACAAACAAAUUGCAGCAGCAGCGCUACUUUCAACAGUGUACACGUUGGUGAUGGUUAUCGUCACGGUAGGAUUGUUUGUGAAUCUUGCAGCAGAAAAAACGUUCAAUCCUAAUGUUAUAUUUUUCAUAGAAAUAUUAUUUAUUUUCCUAUUCGCAGGAUUAGCUCAUCCAAAGGAACUGAUGUGUCUUGUUCAUGGGUUGCUGUAUUACGUUAUGGUUCCGUCUACUUUUAUAUUCCUUACCGUGUACUAUAUGUGCAAUAUCCAUGUUGUGUCAUGGGGUACCCGUGAAAAGAAAACAGAAGACGACAAUAUUAAGAAUACAGAGGCGAUAAAAUCUACAAAAACAACAAAGCUUCCUAUACUAAAUAGAUGUUUGCAGACACUAGGCGUUUUGACUUUUGUGAAUGAUACAAAAAGGAAAAUUAAGCAGUAUUUGGGAGCCAGAGCCGAGCAGCAAAUAAAUGACAAUGAACCAGAAACGCAAAAAGUACGACCUGAUCCACAUACUGAAUCAAAGAGACGAAAAGUGAGACAAGAUCUUGACGCUUGGCAGAAGAUGGAAUACUUGGGACUGAAAGAAAAAAAAGGAGAAAUAAAAGAUUCUGAAACUGAAUUUUGGCGUGAUAUACUUGACAAGUAUCUCCAUCCAUUUGUGGAAGACCCUCAGAAAAAGAAGGAAAUCGAAAUCGAACUUAAAUCCCUCAGAAACAAUGUCGCAUUUGGGUUCUUACUGAUCAAUUUCCUGUUUUCAACGGCUGUAUUCCAACUUCAGAACAACACGGAUCAGCUAAAAAAUGUAUACAUUUUAAACGAAUACGAACCUUUGUCCAUAGCAUUCUUGUUAGUGUUUGCCUUAGUAAUAUUGUUGCAGUUUAUUGGAAUGCUCAUCCACAGGUGGGGCACCUUUUUACAUCUGAUAGCAAGUGUACACCUAUGGCCUUCUUCAAAAGCACAAGAAAACGAAUCAGCCGUAAAUGAUAACAAGAAAACCAUUACUGAGAAUACUAAAGUUGUUUCAAGUUGCAAUUCAACACAAAGAUAUAACACCAGAACUGUAAAUACACAGAACCAAAGUUUGCAUCAUAGAAAAGUUGGUAAAAGAAACCAUGCGUAUACUGAAAAUGAGGUCUGAAAUAAUUUUAAAAAAAAUAGGAACAUAGCGAUUUUCAUGUUAGUGUUUAGGCCUCCGUGAGGUUUUUAAGGAAAAAUGUAAUGGUUCAUAAAAGAAUGAGCAUAAAAAUGAAAAUAAGCCUGCGCAAAAACGGUGUAUAUUCAAUAUUAGUUCAGUGGUCGUGUUUUAUUUAAAUUACACAGCUACAUGUACAUGUACAUUUAAAUAUACAGUUAGUAGUAUUUUUUUUUUCAUAUUAAAUUGUUAUCAAUGGCAUUUUGUUUUUUUGUGUACAUCAGUGCAAGUAGGUUCGUAAUAUUAAAGACAGGAUCACUAUUAUAGUCCACCACAUACCAAUCGCUUUAAUGACUCAUAUUGAUCACUAUAACAACAACUGCAAAAUAGUUUCAAUUUUGUUUACAAAUACGUCUAUAUUCCCCAUAUUAAGAUAUUCGAUAAAUAAAUACGUUACAGUUAUAUUAUUAUUUUCUGAAAACCGUUUUUAUAUGUUUCAUAACCUGUAUAGUUUAUUGUAUUAUAAGUGUAUUCGAAUUUGUUCAUCUCUUGUUAUUGUUUUAAACUAAAAAUUGAUUUAUGUAUUUGCAAUCUAUUGUUUAAUAAUAAAAGGCAACCGAGUAAGACACUACAGAAACUGAUGGCUUGUGUUCAUUUGAAUGCAUUGAUUAUGUAAACAAAAACAUCAUUUCUGCGUAUACAUUUGCCAGAGAGUAAUGUCACUCAUAGCAGGAGUAAAAUGCCAUAUGUCUAUAUCUUAAUAAAAAAAAUCUGUAUAUCA